GUUUCAAUCUGCAAAUCUUCACAGCACAUACGGGAGCGACCAGCAAGCACAGAGCAUAUAUGGACAUGUCGCGGGACGAUUCGCAGCUGCUAGCCUCUUUUAAGGAGGCAGCGCUUAGUGUUACAAAGCUUUACCGAGCGGCUUCUAGCGAUAUCACACAAGCAAAAGAGCGAGGAUACAGAGAAGCUAUUGACGAUGUGCUAUCAGUCAUAGCAUCCGGGCAGGAUAUCUACGAGUGGGCGCUAGCAAAGAAGUACGCUUUCUCGGGCGAUGAGGACUUGAGUAAUGCAGACAAGUCUCCGGCAGGCCCACACGACGGCCAGCAAGAAAGCAAACCUCUACAGAGUAUCAGCGAGGCCCCCAAUCAACCACAACAUCAACAGUCACAUGGUUCACGACCGGCGGGAAUGGACGUAACGAUGGCGAACGGAGAGUUUACAUUUCGGUCAGACCUACAACUUGACCGGUCAUACCAGCUGCCUUCCACGAGUGCUGUUCAGCAAGAAGCUCGCGACUACAUGAUGAUCGCCCCAGAGGAUGUAUUGUUCCAUGCCGUUUCCGCACAGCUUGAAGAGGAACAACUGAUAGCUCAACAGAAUCAGCACCAGCAUCAGCACCAACAUCAGCACGAACAUCACCAGGAUCAGAUACAAGGCACUCAGCAAAGUAUGGAUACACUAGACCAUCAGCAGCAGCCUCCACAAAGUCAAGGCUUAUUUGGUGGAGUGAAGCGACGGAACGGCGAGUUUGACGAUACAACAGACAAGAGUUCUGGAUUCAAACGGUAUCGGUUUUGAUCUUCUUACAGUAACAUCAUAUAGUUUAUUUUGUAUUUGAUUUUAUACCUCAUGGAGAGCAUUUAUUUGGGUUUUUAUAAUCUCUCCGCCUUACUUCACAGUGAUAUUAUAUAGUUCUGUUUUGUCCGUGUUGGUUUUGUUUGUGCUAAACGGUUUCCUACACAUUUGCAUAUACGGCUGCUUUACAUCUCUUUGUGUUAUUUUGUCUCAUAUGCUCCAUCAUUUGUUUUAUUUUAAUUACCGCAACAC